AUGUCAAAGGCUUUCAUUAAUAAACCCGCUCCCGCUUUCACAACCACUGCUUGGGAUGGUAGCGUUAAAACUAUCUCAUUAGAUUAAUAUCUUGGUAAGUGGGUCUUGUUGUUCUUCUACCCCUUCGAUUUCACUUUUGUCUGCCCCACUGAAAUCAUCAGCUUUUCUGAUGCCGCUGAAACCUUCAGAAAGAUGAACUGCGAAGUCCUCGGUUGCUCUAUUGACUCUCACUUCGUCCAUGCUGAAUGGUGCAAGAAGCCCAGAAAAGAAGGUGGUUUGGGUAACAUGCAAAUCCCCUUAUUGGCUGAUGUUUCCAAGCAAAUCAGCUCUGACUACGGUGUCUUGAUCACCGAAGGUGAUGCCAAGGGUGCUGCUUACAGAGGUACUUUCAUCAUCGACCCUAAGGGUAACAUUAGACAUAUUUCCAUCAAUGACUUACCUGUUGGUAGAAACAUUGAUGAAUACAUCAGAUUAGUCUAAGCCUUCCAAUUCGUUGAAGAACAUGGUGAAGUCUGCCCUGCUAAGUGGAAACCUGGUGCUAAAUCUAUGGUCCCUGAUCACAACUCUUCUAAGCUCAAGGAAUACUGGGAAAAUGAACAUGCCAAAAAGUGA